UUUGUGCUUAGGGGACAUCCUACACUACACAAUUAUCUGUAGAAACAUUAUUUCUAAUAAAUAGUCAGUAAACUCAUAAAGUACCAAACCAAAGUGUGGGUUGGAGUCCCUUGAGUCGGUAAACUAAUAAAGAACCAUUGAAAUUGUGUGCGUUGUGGUAAUCGCGUCUGGGACAAAAAAGGCCAGGGUGAAAUAAAUCCCUUUGAGUCGGCGAACUCCAAAUAUUCGGAAUAUUCCAAAAUUGUUUGUUAUAUGUUUGAAUGUUUUGAAAAAGUGAAUGCAAUUGUUGAUGUGAAAAUUAAUGUGAAAACUGAUUUAACCGUGUGAAAAUAGAUACUGUAUAAUUUUUGCAAACUGUGAAUAGAAUUUGUGCGUAAAAUGGCUGAAUUUCGGAAAGAAUGUGAUGAAUACGGGUGUCCGCCAGUAUUGGUGCAGUGGCAAAAUGUUACAAAUAUGCUUUUAGCACAGACAGAACCAAGAGAUAGAAAACAGAGACAGAAAGUAAUUGAUAAGUGUUGGGUAGCAUUGUGUGAUGAUUGUGGAUGGGAAAAUGCAGAAGAAGUGAGAAUGCCUCUAGCACCAACAAUCAGAGAAAUGGAAAAGAAAGCACAUAGUAAGUUACGGAGACAUGUAGAAGAAAAAGAUAAAAUAAAAUGGUAUAACACAGGAAAACAUGGUAGCGAAGAAGAAAAUCUAAAGAAGAAACUUAGAGUGUGGACUAGAGUAGCGCUAACAACCACAGCACUCAGCUUGCAGAAACCACAGAGUAGAGAGAGAAAACAGGAAGUGAACAGCUCAGCAGCCAGAGAGAGAAAUGAAGAGAAUACAGGAAGUGCUCAGACUACCCCCUCUGCUCCGCCCCCAGAAAAACCCAACCCCACUUCAUUAUACCCAACCCUAAGCCACCCCCCUUCAUACGAACCGCCCAAACAGCAGGUUGUAAUGACAAUUAAUGGAGGAGAAAUGGAUGUUGAAGUAGGAGAAAUGACUGGUAAAAUAGACAGGAUACGCAAGGAAUUUGAUGAAUUAAAAACUACAGUGAACAAGGGUGUGGAAGACACAUUAGUAAAAGCACGACGAGUUAUGGAAGAAGUAGAGAGAACAAGAUAUGAACAGGAAGAGUCUGAGAAGGGUGACAAUGAGAAUACUGAAGAAGACAUUAUAUUUGCAAAACUAAUAAAUACAUCCACCCCUAAUCCACAAGCAGGGACCAAUAUGCUAACAGGGCCAAUACCAGUUCAAUUUGCAGGGAAAAUGACACUGGGUGAGCCAAUAGCCCAUAGGUUAAGGAGCAGGAAACAGCCAGGGCACCCAGACCAUGAGGAAGAGAAGGAGGAAAGGGAACAUUACCUGAACUAUGACCCAAGUCGUCAACUACAGGUACCUCAAAUGCAAGCACCAUUAAUGCAAAGACCAGGAGGGAAUAAACAGUACCAACCAUGGUCGCAUAGUGACAUGACAGCAAUAGCAAGUAAAUUGCCACCCAUUACCUCAGGAGGCAGCAGAUGGUUGAGUAAGCUGACAGCACUCAGCCAUGGCACUGACUUGGCUUUGGGUGACUUGAGAUGCCUGUUAGGUCAGAUACUGACAGCCUCACAAAUGCAAAAUUUAGAGCUCGAUGCAAAUACUACAUAUGUUGCAAAUGAGAUACCAUUUACCAGAAUAAGCACUGUUGUAAGCCAAACUCUUCGUCGACUAUAUCCCGUGCCACCAACCGUGUACCAGAAUAUAAAAUUCCGCAUUAAGCCAGGUGAGACUGGAGCGGCUUAUUAUUUCCGUUGUGCUGCUGAGUGGGAACAAAUGGUGGAGGAAAACAGUUUAAACAACCCUGUGACACGAGACAUAUUUAGAGCAGCAGUAAUGACAGGAGCUCCAAAUGGAGUAAAACAAGCAAUGGAGAAUAACCCAGAUAUCCCAGUGGCGAGUAACGAGGUAUGGGAAAGACAUUUAGUGCAUCACACAGACAGAGCAGUGGAAAGAGCCAAUAAAGAGGAAGAGGAACUAGAAAGAGUUAAAACCCAGUUGUUAAAAUUGCAAUUAGAAAAAGCCAAAAGUGAAGGGACAACCAAAAAGGCCAAGCAAAUGCCACAACAUACUCCCAAUGCACCCCAACCCAUAGACCCAUAUCAAGGACCCCCUUACAGUGGUUCUCCUUUUGGAGGACCGACACACCACCAUCCAUAUAGCAACCCACAUUAUGCCCAAGGACCAAACCGUAGGCAGGGACCCCCCUGGAGAGGAAAUGGACGAGGGCAGCCGGAAAGAGGGAGGGGAGGGUUUGAGAGGGACCAGUGUUUUGAGUGUGGUGGGUAUGGACAUUGGGCGAGAAAUUGUCCACAAAAAUCAGCACAGAGUCAAGGCCAGAGUAACGGUCCACCUGCGGGGGGAUGGGGUCCCCGAAGAGGUGGCGCCGGUGGUCGUGGCAGGGGACCACAAACCCCACACAACCCGGGGCAACACUUCCCGUCACCUUCCAACCUACAGGCGCCUGUGCACCCAACAUGGGGCCCGGAGGGUGGGGCGGAGGAAUGUUGA